GCUGCCCCGGCGCUGCGCCGCCUGCCCCGCUGCCCGCCGCCCGCCGCCGCCGCGGGGCAGCGCCGCCACUAUGCCGACAAGCGGAUCAAGGUGGCAAACCCAGUGGUGGAGAUGGACGGGGACGAGAUGACACGGAUCAUCUGGGCCUUCAUUAAGGAGAAGCUCAUCCUGCCCAACGUGGAUGUCCAGCUAAAGUACUUCGACCUGGGGCUGCCGCAUCGGGACAAGACGGAUGACCAGGUCACCAUUGACUCAGCGCUGGCCACGCAGAAGUACAGCGUGGCUGUCAAGUGUGCCACCAUCACGCCUGAUGAAGCCAGGGUGGAAGAGUUCAAGCUGAAGAAGAUGUGGAAGAGCCCCAACGGCACCAUCCGGAACAUCCUGGGGGGGACGGUGUUCCGGGAGCCCAUCAUCUGCAAGAACAUUCCCCGGCUGGUGCCCGGCUGGACCAAGCCCAUCACCAUCGGCCGCCACGCCCACGGUGACCAGUACAAAGCCACCGACUUCGUGGUGGACAAGUCCGGGACGUUCAAGAUGAUCUUCACGCCAAAGGACGGCAGCGGCACCAAGGAGUGGGAAGUGUUCAACUUCCCCGGCGGCGGCGUGGGCAUGGGCAUGUACAACACGGACGAGUCCAUCUCUGGCUUUGCGCACAGCUGCUUCCAGUACGCCAUCCAGAAGAAGUGGCCGCUCUACCUGAGCACUAAGAACACCAUCCUCAAGGCCUAUGACGGGCGCUUCAAGGACAUCUUCCAGGAGAUCUUUGAUAAGCACUACAAGACGGAGUUUGACAAGCUGAAGAUCUGGUACGAGCACCGGCUCAUCGACGACAUGGUUGCCCAGAUGCUGAAAUCCUCCGGCGGCUUCGUCUGGGCCUGCAAGAACUACGACGGGGAUGUCCAGUCAGACAUCCUGGCCCAAGGGUUCGGCUCCCUGGGGUUGAUGACCUCUGUCCUGGUGUGCCCGGACGGGAAGACCAUUGAGGCCGAGGCCGCCCACGGCACUGUCACCCGCCACUACCGGGAGCACCAGAAGGGCCGACCCACCAGCACCAACCCCAUUGCCAGCAUCUUCGCCUGGACGCGCGGCCUGGAGCACCGCGGCAAGCUGGACAGCAACCCGGAGCUCAUCAAGUUUGCGCAGACGCUGGAGAAGGUGUGCGUGGACACCGUGGAGAGCGGGACCAUGACCAAGGACCUCGCUGGCUGCAUCCACGGCCUUGCCAAUGUGAAGCUGAAUGAGCACUUUGUGAACACUACCGACUUCCUCGAUGCCAUCAAGAACAACCUGGACAAGGCUCUGGGCAAGAAAUAGGAGACAGCCUCUCCAUCUCUGGGAUGGAUGGGGUUGGGAGGGGCCCAGUGCCCUCCCCAGCUCCCCAGCACAGCUCAGGAACAGUUGAAUAAUUUUUCUAAA